CGGAGCCGAAGUGUAAUCAGAAUGGCGACCGUCGCAUCGCUUUGGGCGAACGUCGUCGCAUACGUGUCCAAGUCGCUGCCCGAGCGCGUCGGCGCCGCCCGCCAGUUGCUUGAGGAGUACGGCAGGUCGCCGGAGCUGGUGCGGACGCUCCGUGUUGCGACGAGCGUCCACCUCCGAGCUCUCCUCAGCACGGCCUCGGACGUCUUAUCUGGCAGCGACGAGGCUGACGUAUCUACUUGGUACUUCAUGCUCGCGACUGCUGUCGCCAACAUGGAUACGGCGGUGCGACUUCAAGACGAAGCGGCGAUCGUGCGUCUCCUUCGUCGCGUCGGGCCAUACAUGACGCUGCUGCCCGUGGCAUUGGCCGCUUCGUGGCUGCUCCUCGGGCCGCGCUGCUUGGAGGCGCUCGAGACGGGCGAGCAUGGCCGCGAGUACAUCUGGGAGGGCAUCGUUCGCGCGUUCAACCAAUGCAGCUGCUUGCCGCCUGACGACGUCGCCGCUCUCGGGCAAGCCAUGACGGGCCUCCUGGCGAAGGUCAGCGACCUCAUCUACCGGAAUGACUUCAAGGUGUGUGUCGAUAUUGUGCUCCGUGAAGCCACCGACCUCGACCUGGACGAUCCUAGGCGAGUGACCGUCGCGGACGUCCUCCACCACUGCGUCGCGUCCGGCUUCUUCCUCGACACUGGCGGGUACCGAGCGACAGCUUUGGCCAGCGUCGUGCGGCACUGGCGCGCCGAGCUCGACGUGCUGCGACCUGGCGAUGCGACGAUCGACGCCUCGUUGGCUCGUGCCGCAGAGCUCCUUGCGCAAUACGAGCACGUGGAAUAAUAGGGCGAUGGAUUUCGAGUGGUCAUGAUGAUGUAAAGUAAGGUCGAAGCAGUCUACUGCUUCUGGAGGUGCUCGAG